CAUUUCCGAGCCAACAUUCCUGGGCUUGUCUCAGCUUGUUCCGAAGACACCUCGCCUCACCGUCAAGACCUGCCUGUGCAUCAAGCAUGAUUGACCUAUAGUGCCGAUGCAUGAAUAAACUCUUGUUUGAACGGGCCACGGGCGGCCUCGGCCCCAACGCUUUUGCGAAACUCGAGACCACACGGCUGUCGCGUUCAUUCCGACCAGCACCUCAAAUUCGAUUCGAUGGCGGCGAGAAGGGUGCGGCUCUCGAGGUUGGCGAGGCCAGCUUUAACCCUGCAAAUGCGAAUACAGAUCAGAAGAAGAAUCUGUGGGCCCACCAGGCUGGUGUAAAUGCGCUGGCACUCGAACGAUUUGAUGGCAGAAUACUGGUCUCCGGGGGCUCAGAUGCGACCAUAAGGCUCUGGGAUGUGGAGCAAUGCGACAAUCCAAACAACCCGCAUGUCUACAAGCCCUCGGCGCAGAUUGCGCGUUCCGACGACAAGACAAGGUCCCAUCGAUUCGGCAUUACGCAUCUGUCCUUCUACCCUUUUGACCCGGCCGCGUUCCUUUCGAGCUCCUACGACCAGACCUUGAAAUUAUGGGCCACGGACAGUGUUCAGCUGUCCGGUUCGUGGGACCUCGAGUCCAAGCUAUAUACGCAUGCUAUCUCACCAGUUGCGGACCAUCUAUUGGUGGCCUGUGGGACUGCCCACCCAGCCGUUCGGCUUGUCGAUCUACGCUCAGGCGCGGCUGUGCAGUCGCUUGUCGCUCCGGGACAGCUAGGAGCUGGAGGUGGUGCGGUCCUGUCUCUAGCGUGGUCACCGCGAAAUGAACACGUCCUCGCGAGCGGAACCUUGGAUGGCGCAGUUCGGAUAUGGGACGUCCGUCGCGCGAGCAGUCUCAUAGGCCUUCUGGAUCAAGAGGAUAGUCUAGGUAUUCUGCGCAGGCGUGGAGACGUCAACGGGAAUCAUAUCUCGGAUCGAGGUGUCCGGUUGUCGGCAAAGGCGCAUUCCGGCCCCGUGAAUGGGUUGACUUGGACAGACGACGGCGCAUAUAUUAUAUCAGCAGGCCACGAUAGGCGUAUACGCGUAUGGGACUCUGCGGCAGGCUCGAACACUCUUGCAUCGUUUGGGCCGAGCAUCAAGAAUGGCCAACUUGCUAACGCUCCCAUGUUCACGACGCCUGUAGGCUUGACGGCUUCCCGGAAAGAGCUGCUCUUCUGGGCAAAUGAGACAGAAAUCCUGGUCUUCGACCUGCAUGAGGGUACCACUGUAUCCCGCCUGCGAGGCGUGGGCGCGCAAAUCUCAGGCGUGAGGGCACAGCGUGGUGGUGAGAGAACUGUCAAGAAUCGGGUCACGAGCCUCGUCUGGAGAGGAGCUGGAGGCGCAGGUGGUUCGAGUGGAAUUGUGCCUGGAGCAUCUAAUGCCUCCGGCCAAGUCUUCAGCGGGCAUACUGAUGGCCAAAUCCGAGCUUGGAUGCCACAAGUGCGGGGGCUGGACGCAGAGGAUGAGGAUGACACUUCUGGCAUGAUUCAGCAAGAAAGGGCUCAGAAACGAAAGGCUCUGGACGACGCCUUCAAGAGUCUCAUGGGUCAAAAGAUCACAUUUACCUGAGGAAACAUGUGUCGCGGAAGGGUUGCGGAUUCCGAUUGCUGUUGUCAUCUUUCAGUAGGACACUUUCCAAAAGCAGCAGAUUUGAGGAUCCUUGUAGACCGUGCAGGAGUUCGGAUAAAAGCCCAACUGAGUUCUAACCCCUGUGACAUAUUCCCACACGUUCUCGAUUGAUCGGCUACCGUCUUCGCUCGAUGUGGAUGCAGCACCAUGGGGACACCAAAAUCCAUAUUUUGAUAGCAGCAAAGCACUUCAAGUGGGAGGAGAGUCUCUGACGAGCCAGCGCCUGCUGAAUAAGGCGCUCUCCUCAGAAACGCGGAUGCCAUAAAGGACGAUGUCAGGUCGCCAAAAUGAUGGCGAUGAUCACGAUACGAC